AUGCCUAGGAAGAGUGAUGUGGCGGCGAAGAUUGAGGAUGUUGGAAUCGAGAUCGAUGGGGACGUGAGUGACAGUGAGGAUGACACCAGUCGAAGGAGAGGGAACAGAAGACCGGCAGCUGGCAGAGGAGGAGCCCGCGGCAGGGGCAAAAAGCCAGCUGAUGAGGAUGAUGAGGACGAGGAGGAAGAGGAGGCCCCCAGAAACCGCAGAGGAGCCAAUAAGAAGAAAGGUGCUAAGUCACGUGACACCGACGAUGAAAGUGAGGAUGACACCCCCAAGAGAAGACAAGGAAGAGCAGCAAAUAAAGGAGCAGCAAACAAAAAGAAAGGAGGAAAGGCCCAGGACAGUGACGAGGACAGCGAGGAGGAGAAGGGGAACAAGAGAAACAAGAAGGGAGCCACGGGAAAGAAGGGGAAAGAAGAGGAGACCAAAGAUAAGAAAGGAGAUGCCAAAGGGAAGGGCAAAGGAAAGGAGAAGGAAGACGAGAAGGACAAGAAGAAGAAGAAGAAGAAAGAGAGCAGCUCAGACACAGACUCUAACACAGACUCAGAGGAAGAGUCCAUGUCAGAGGGAGAGAUGGAACGACUGAAGGAGGAGGUGGAGGAGAAGAAGAAGGUCAUAGCUAUUAUGAGGAACAAGCCCUGGCGAAUGAAGAGGAGGCUGGUACAUCUGAAAGAAUGUCAAGAAUUUGUGGAUAAAUUUGAAGGGGCUUUGGGAAAAGGAAAAGGCAGGAAGUUUUAUGCCUAUAAAGUCAUGAUGACGAAGAAAUGGAUCAAAUUCCAAAGAGAUUUUGAAAAUUUCAAAACGACUUGCAUACCAUGGGAACGAAAGAUAAAAGAGGUUGAAAGUCACUUUGGGUCCUCAGUUGCUUCCUACUUCAUCUUCCUGCGCUGGAUGUAUGGCAUGAACAUGGUCCUCUUUGGCUUAACCUUCGGACUGGUUGUGAUCCCAGAGGUUCUGAUGGGACUUCCGUAUGGAUCCAUUCCCAGAAAGACAGUGCCCAGAGCUGAGCAGCCCACUGCUCAAGACUACUCUGUCCUCAUGGACUUCAACGGAUAUUGCAAAUACUCAGUCCUCUUCUAUGGUUACUACAACAACCAGAGGACCAUUGGGCUGCUGAAGUUCCGCCUCCCGCUGUCUUACCUCAUGGUAGGAGUGGGGACUUUUGGCUACAGCCUGAUGGUGGUGAUACGAACAAUGGCUAAGAAUGCUGACGUGGGGGGAGGGGACGGAGAUGACGGGGAGUUCACCUUUGCCUGGAAGAUGUUCACCAGCUGGGAUUACCUCAUCGGCAACGCCGAGACGGCUGACAACAAGUACGCCUCCAUCACCACCAGCUUCAAGGAGUCCAUCGUGGAUGAGCAGGAGAACCAAAAGGAUGAGAACAUCCACCUGAGGAGGUUCCUGCGUGUGCUGGCCAACUUCAUGAUCAUCUGCUGCCUGGGAGGAAGUGGCUACCUCAUCUUCUUUGUGGUGAAAAGGUCCCAGGAAUUUGCCAACAGGGACGACCUGAGCUGGUACGAGAAAAACGAGUUGGAGCUCAUCAUGUCCCUGUUGGGCCUGGUGUGUCCUCCCCUGUUUGAGACCAUUGCUGAGCUGGAGGAGUACCACCCCCGGAUCGCCCUCAAAUGGCAGCUGGGGCGCAUCUUUGCCCUCUUUUUGGGAAACCUCUACACUUUCCUGUUUGCCCUGUUUGAUGAGGUCAACAACAAGCUUGAGGAGGAGGUGUCCAUUAGGAAUGCGUCCAUCUGGGCCCAGAAGGAAUACUACGCUAACUUCACCCUCUACAACAAUGACACGGACACCACCCCACCCCCCAUGGACCCCUCUGAUGUCAUCAGGGGGCCAUGCUGGGAGACCGCCGUCGGCAUAGAGUUUGUGAAGCUGACCGUUUCAGACAUCCAGGUGACCUACCUGACCAUCCUGAUUGGUGACUUUGCGCGGGCUGUCAUUGUCAGGUUCCUCAACUACUGCUGGUGCUGGGACCUCGAAGCCACAUAUCCAUCGUAUGGAGAGUUUGACAUCAGUGGCAACGUUCUUGGUCUGGUCUUCAACCAAGGAAUGAUCUGGACUGAGGGUGCAUUCUAUGCUCCAGGGCUGGUAGAUAACGUCCUGCGUCUCCUCUCCUCCAUGUACUACCAGUGCUGGGCCGUAAUGGCCACUAACGUGCCCCAUGAGAGGGUCUUCAAAGCCUCCAAAUCCAACAACUUCUACAUGGGCCUCUCCUCUCUCCUCUUUCUCAGUCUACUGCCUGUGGUCUACACCAUCAUGACUUUGCCACCCUCCUUUGACUGUGGGCCAUUCAGUGGGAAGGCCAAGAUGUUUGAUGUCAUCAUGGAGACGAUAGACCUGGACCUGCCUGCCUCUGGAACACUGAUGGGCUAUGCAGCCAACCCUGGCCUCAUUAUACCAGCUGUGCUACUGAUGGUACUGGCUAUCUACUAUUUGAACUCGGUAUCUGAGGCGUACCAACAUGCCAACGCGGAGCUGAAGAAGAAGAUGCAGAUGGCAAGAGAUGAGGAGAAGAACAGGAGGAACAACACUGAAAGCACAGACCAGGUCAUGAAGGACCUGGAGGACCUGCUCCCCAACCGCUCUCUCUUGCCCCCAGCUCCCCCACCAGAGACAGGUGCAGACAAUAAAGCAGACCAAGGUGGAAAGUCUACAAAGGUGAGGCCAGGAACUGCAGGCAAGGAUGUGAACCUGCAGAAAGACGUGUCCCUGUCAUCACCAAAUCCCAACGCUCGAGGCGCAGUGACCCGCCCACCGGGUCCCCGGGGGCCUGGACCUCUGCCUGGAAAUGGUCAGCAGGGGCCAGGAGGGGGACCAGGGCGAGGACGGGGGAGAGGACAGCCACCUCCAAGACGCUAGCACCCAGAAGAAAAAUAAAAGUCAAGAUUUUUUAUAAAUCUAACAAUUGUUUAACUAAAGAAUUUGCAAAUGUAUUGAAUUGUACAAGAAAGUGUUGGAUUUGAGCUACUAAUUGCUUAAGAACAAAUUCACAUUUUGGAUUAGGUUGGGGACUGUACACUGAGUGUACAAAACAUGAAGGACACUUGCUCUUUCAAUGACAUAGACUG